AUGAUUGGUUUCCCCAAACAUAUAUUCUCUGUUGUACUACGAUCCUCUCUAACAUAUCAAACUCUCGUUCGCCCUAUUGCUAUGGCUCAAAUUAAGGCCUUGAAAACUUCGACCUCUUCUAAUGGCCCGACCAAGAAGCAAAAGUCCAUGAUGGACUUUUUCAAACCUAAGAAGAAAGUUUCACUUAAAAAGAAAGAACAAAAAACGGAAUUGAAAGAGGAAUUGCAAGAUGAACUGAAAAAAUCUGAUGAAGGUGCUCUCGAUACUCCUGUUUCUUCUUUUGACAAACAAGCUUCCCCUAAGAAAUCACGAAAACGCGUUAUCAUAGACGAAUCAGACGAAGAAACCUUGCCAAAGGAAGAGCCAAAAUCACCUCGAUCUUCUAGUCCAUCCAAAAAGAAAUUAAAAGCUGCUUUUCAAAACUUUGAAGAUGGAGCUUCUGAAGAGUCUGAAAGGCCUACUUCACCAAAAUCUACCACUGAGACAUCAACAUUAGAAGACUCCGAAAAGAAGAUGAUCUUGGAAGACUCUGAAAAAGAAACUACACCAGAAGAACCAGAAUCUCCCAAAAAAACAAAAAAAAAUAAGAAAUCCACUGAACAGAAAUCCACUGAAUCACAAAAAUCUAUACCCAAAUUUGCUCUUCUUCCUGAUAAUUCUAUCCCUUAUGAAAUGCUUGUACAGGGGUUUGAAGAAAUUGAAGAAAAUUCUUCACGUCUUAAAAUUAUAUCACUUGCAUGUGAAAUAUUUUUAAACACUCUACGACUAAAACCAGAAGAGCUCACUACUAUUGUUUACCUCUGCAUCAAUCGACUUGGUCCUGAGUAUGAUGGACUUGAGCUUGGUCUUGGCGAGUCCAUCAUAAUCAAAGCUCUAGGUGAAUCCACUGGUCGUUCGAAUACACAGAUCAAAGCAGAAUAUCGCACAGAAGGCGAUCUUGGUCUCGUUGCUCUCAAAUUGCGUAAAACACAACCCACAAUGUUUCAACCCAAACCUUUAAGUAUUGAGACCGUUUUUAAAGGUCUUCAUGAAAUUGCAAUAACCACUGGUAAAGACAGUCAGGGACGCAAGAUCGCCAUUAUCAAACGACUUCUUACUGCUGCAAAGGGGUUUCAAGCAAAGUUUAUUGUGCGAAGUUUGGAAGGAAAGCUACGUAUUGGACUUGCUGAAAAAUCUGUUCUUACUGGCCUUGCACAAGCAUUUGUCUCAUGGGAAUAUGAAAAGGCUAAAGCAGUGUCUUCUAAGCAUGUUGAGCGACCAGACUCGCAAACAGUUACUAAGGCUGAAGAUCUUAUUCGCGAGGUUCAUUGUCAAGUCCCAAAUUACGGAACUAUCAUUGAUGCUGCCAUUGCAGGUGGUAUUUUUAAUAUUGCUGAAACAUGCAAACUUUCAGCUGGGGUACCACUCAAACCAAUGUUGGCUAAGCCGACAAAAUCAAUUACUGAGAUUCUGGAUCGCUUCAAUGGAGAAGAAUUUACAUGUGAAUACAAAUACGAUGGUGAGCGUGCGCAGGUGCACCAAACCGAAGAUGGAAAACUACAUGUUUACUCACGUAACAUGGAAGACAUGUCUCAAAGAUACCCAGAUAUUUUGUCCAGCAUUGCCCAGUUUGCAAACAAAGACAAUACCACUAGUUAUAUUUUAGACUGUGAAGCUGUGGCCUGGGAUCGUGCUGAGAGUAAACUAUUACCUUUUCAAGUCUUAUCCACACGCAAACGCAAGGAUGUUGAUGAGGAUAAGAUUACUGUUAGAAUUUGUUUGUUUGCAUUUGACCUUUUAUAUCUCAAUGGUCAGCCAUUACUUAAUAAAACUCUGGAGGAACGACGUGAACUUCUCCAACAACACUUCACUCCGCUAGAGGGUCACUUUGCAUUUGCCAAGUCCAUCAACUCCAAUAAUGUUGAAGACAUUCAAACAUUUUUAGACCAAAGUGUCAAGGAUUCAUGCGAGGGUCUCAUGAUUAAGGUAUUAAAGGGCAAUGAAAGUGGUUACGAACCAAGCAAACGAAGUCGCAACUGGCUUAAACUGAAAAAAGAUUAUCUUCAAGGAGUUGGAGAUUCCUUGGAUUUGGCAGUUUUAGGUGCAUAUUAUGGUAAGGGCAAACGUACAAACCGUUAUGGCGCAUUCUUACUGGGUUGCUAUAAUUCAGAUACGGAACAGUAUGAAACAAUUUGCAAGAUUGGUACUGGAUUCAGUGAUGAAAAUCUCGAAGAGUUUUAUAAGGCGCUGAGCGCAACUGUCAUUGAAAAACCCAAGGGAUACUAUUCUUACGAUACUGCUUCUAAUAAUCAGCCAGAUGUUUGGUUUCAACCCACCAUGAUAUGGGAGGUACUUACAGCCGACUUAUCGCUUUCACCUGUAUAUAAGGCAGGUAUUGACACUCUAGGAAAAGGUAUAUCAUUACGAUUCCCCCGUUUUAUUCGUGUCCGUGAUGACAAGGGUAUUGAAGAUGUAACAACAUCUGACCAGGUUGUUGAAUUUUACCGACGACAAGCUUCAGUGGGUCAAAAUAAUGAUUCACCUAGUGAUGAUGAAUAA